AGUCAGUCGUCGGCAGUUCAUGUGUGCGGAUCGCUAAAAUAAGACGCGCGGUGCCAUGUUGCUCAGAGUUACUUUUGUGAUCGCCCUUGUGGUGGCUUUUGGGUACGCAGAAAGGACUCCUAGUGCCUUUGUUGGGGGAAAAUUUGUUAGUUUAGGUGAUCGUGAAGUGAUCAAUACUAUGCGCGAUCGCAACAUCACAGAACGUCCUAUUUCGCGUGAACAAUUUGAUGAGCUUACACGGAAAUUUCGCGCUAGUAUGGGACGGCUCAAACAGAAGAACCGGAAGUUGGACAUUGUCUUCCUCAUUGAUUCCAGCUCUAGCGUUGGUAGAAGGAAUUUUGCCAGUGAGGUGAAAUUUGUGAAGAAACUCCUCAGUGAUUUUCCAGUCAGCAUGAAUUUUACCCGAGUAGCCGUUGUCCAGUUUAGCUCACAUGGAAGAAUUCACCGGCACAUUGACCAGAUUUCCACGCCGAAGAAGCACAACGACAAAUGCAUGCUCAUCAAUUAUGAGAUUCUGAAGCUGAGAUUUAUUGGUGGUGGAACCUUCACAUAUGGCGCUUUGCGGGAAGCACGCGAUGUCCUGGCAAAGGCACGGAAGCACAGCCAAAAGGUGAUCUUUCUGAUCACAGAUGGCUUCUCAAAUGGGAAAGAUCCCAUACCACUGGCGAAUAAGCUCAAAAGGGACAAUGUUACGAUCUUUAGUGUGGGGAUCGCAAAUGGGAAUGUCGAGGAGCUCAAUAAGAUGUCAACGGAUCCUGCAGAAGAUCACACUUUUCUCCUAAAUAAUUUUACACAAUUUGAAAGCUUGGCGCGAAAAGCUCUUCAUGUUGAUUUCCGAAUGGGUCAGCAACUACCAACUAAUUCAUCUUUCUGUGGGAAAUUGUGCGAUCUAGAAGAUGAUUCAGAUUCAUGCUGUGAUGAGAAUGCCGAUUGUUCAUGUGGAAUCGGCUCAGGACACUACUCCUGCCUCUGUAAGCCCGGGUACUAUGGAUCAGGAUUGAGGAAUAACUGCCAUGCUUGUCCUAAUUCAACAUACUGGCACACGUGGAAUUUCUGUAAGCCCUGUCCUGAUAUCAACCACAUAACCUUAGGAGCAGCUGUUGGGAUUGAGGAGUGUGUGUGCAAGGAUGGUUUCCUCCCUGUUGAGGGGAAUCGCUGCGAAAUCAUUACAUGCCCAAAGUUAACUCCUCCCAAGAAUGGAUACUUUGUGAAGCAUCCUCAGGGUUGUGGAAAUGUCCUGAAUGCAGCAUGUGGUGCAAGGUGCAAAUCGGGGUAUCAAUUAGUUGGGAGCAGCAUAAGGCUAUGCCAACAAAAUGGAACAUGGUCAGGAAGUGAACCUGAGUGUGUCUUAAAAGCUUGCCCUUCCCUUCAAGUUCCCUACUAUGGGCAAUCCAUCUGUAGGAAUCCAGAUCUGAAUCUCGUAGCUGACUACACACCAAGAAACGUAACCUUUAUGGAAUUCUACAUGGAAGACGAGCUUCGAAUAACCGAACCAAUGCCAAUUGAUACAAAUUGUAUUUUCAAAUGUGGUCCAGGAUACUACUUGGUAGGAUCAUCAUCAAGGAAUUGUCUUCCUCUCUCGAAGUGGGAUGGCUUACAGACAACGUGCAGACAAAUCUUCUGCUCGAAACUACCAAAAAUAACUUUUGGUUCUUAUGAUCCAACGGACUGUGAUGAAAAUAAAUCAACUCAUGGAACAAACUGCACGAUAACGUGCAAUGAAGGAUUUGAACUUAAAGGUCCUGCUCAGAAAACUUGUACAGGAAAACGCAAUGGAUUCUGGACGCACAAGAACAAGCAUCCAAAAUGUGUCGAUAUCACAGCUCCGGAGAUAAAGUGCCCCAAUAAUUUCACUUUAAUUAUGGAGAAAACGGAAAACUAUGCAGUUGUCCCACAGAUUCCUGAACCAAUUGUCUCAGAUAAUUCUGGGCUGAAUAUUACGUACUGGACAAAGCCCGUUUUGGAAGCUAACACAACGAAACUAACUGCAGGAAGUCACAUUUUUACCUAUAUUGCAUCUGAUGCAUUCAGAAACAAAGCUAUGUGCAAUUUCACAAUAACCGUUGAGGAUAAGACUCCACCUGUUCUGGAUAACUGCAUUGAUCCUCCUGUUUUCCAUCUGAGGACUUAUGGAGAAAAUAAGGUGAAGGUUGAAUGGGAAGAUCCCAUUAUCUACGAUAACUCAAAUAUGAAUCUCAAUGUGACGCAAUCAAUGGAAACUGGAUACCUACAACCAGGAUCAUACCAGGUCACAUAUACUGCAGUAGAUCUUUCCAAUAAUUCCGCCUCGUGCACAAUGAAUAUCACAGUAAAAGAACUAAAAUGUGAAAAACCAAAUUUUCCUGACAACGGGAAGAUGAUUUGUGCUUCGAAUGAAACUCAAAUGUGGUGCCAUAUCAUCUGCAAUCCUGGUUUUGCUGCCUAUGACGCCUACGAUGAAUCUCACAUGGACAACCUGACGCUCUUCUGCGAUCAUGACUAUCCUCGGUGGAAAUAUGAUCCAAUGAUUGACUGCACGAAGCUUGAUCUUCCAGAGGCAGUUGAUGAAGUUCUAUCAAUCUCCUUGGAUUCUGACAUGGACUUCUGUGAAUCUGAAUAUCGAGAUGAUUUCUAUCGGGAAAUGAAGGAGUAUGCUCAUCAGGAGUUCUGUGGAAAUCAACCAAACUGUGAGGUUGUUACUGAGAUCCCAGUUUGUACAACUGAGCACAUUCCUGAAGACCCCGAUUUGGAGAAGAACGUCUACCAUGUUGUAGAGAAGAGGGAAAUCUCAAGUGGAACACGUAAGAAUCGACGAAGGAAUCGAAUGCAUUUAAGAGUUAGCGUUGUCAGCAAGCAAGGAAGACGAGGAAGCUCUGAGAUUAGAGAAAACAAUUCAAGGAAGCUGAGAACAGGACAGGAAUAUUUCAACAAAGGAAAGUUUGCAGAUUUGAGGGUCAAUGUAGGCGAAAUGACCCUAAAUGAAAUCUAUAAAUGCCCUAAUGGUAGCGUCCUUAAGAAGCAAUACUGCGUUCAAUGUCCUAGAGGAACCUAUCACAAUGCUACAAAUAAUUCCUGCCAAGUUUGCCUUAAGGGAACUUACUCAGAAUCAGCUGGACAGCUUGAAUGUCAAGCCUGUCCUCCGCAUCAUUCAACACGACGCGACAGCAACAAAGAUGCAAGUAGCUGCCUGCAGCAAUGUCCUCCGGGAACAAUGGCGCGCCUCAAAGCAUCCAAAAGAGGAAAUGGAACUCAAACACUGCACAAAACUUUCAUGCCGUACUGUAAAAAAUGUCCUCCAGGAGAGUAUCAAUCUUUGUACGAUCAAGCUCGCUGCGAACUGUGUCCUGAUGGAUUUAUAUCACCCCGAGGAGCUAAAUCUUUCACUGAUUGUGCCCCUAGGAGGCUCUACCCAUGCCAGUUAGCUGAGCCUGUAUGUGGGCCAAAUGGUGCCUGUAUUCCUGAUGCGAAGAAUCCUUAUUUGUACAGUUGUACAUGUUCAGCAGGCUUCCAAGGUUCUCACUGUGAACAGCACGUAGAUUUGUGCCUUUCCUCGCCAUGCUUGAAUGGAGGAAUCUGCCAUCAUGUUAGUACAAUAGAAAUCGGUUGUCAGUGUCCUGAGGUGUUUACUGGAAGCUUCUGUGAAGAGUUGGUAACUCCUUGUUCAAAUAUUUCCUGCCAGAAUGGAGGAAUGUGCUUCGAGACGGGCGAAAAAGGUGUCUGUGAAUGUCCUGAAGGAUUCAUCGGAGACUUAUGUGAAAACGAAAUUAAUCAUUGUUCAACGAAUCCAUGCGAAGUAGGGGAAUGUAGGAGUACCCAAGAAGGCUACCUCUGCAUCUGUCCUCCUGGAAUUAUCGGAAGAAGAUGUCAUCUACGUCCCUGUGACUACUUUCCAUGCCACACUAAUCAAAUCUGUAUCGAUCUACCUCAUAUUGCCGCCAAUAAGUCAAGCUACAUCUGCCGUUGUCCGAAUGGCCUUAAAGGAAUCAACUGUACAGAAAUUGAUAAUCCGUGCGAUAGGAUUCCUUGCAAGAAUAACGCCCUGUGUGAACCUCUUGCCCUUCGAAAUGGACUACAUGACGAUAGGAAUGAAAGCAUCUUCUUGGAGUACACCUGCACAUGCCCGCCUUACUUCUACGGCAACCUGUGUCAAUCACUCGUAACUCCAGACUAUGUUCUCCAAUUUUCUAAACCUCAUACAACGAACUACGCGAUCCUUCCGGGUCCAAAUCGCGAUCUUGAGCAAUUCACAGUAUGUACGUGGAUAAAAAGUGAAGAUGAUCACAACUACGGCACAAUAAUCUCCUAUGCAACAGAAGGACAAGACAACAUGCUGACGCUAACAGACUACAACGGACUAGCACUGUACGUAAAUGGAAGCUUUAGUGUAUCCGACAUUGUCGUGAAUGACGGGCACUGGCACUUUAUCUGUGCAACAUGGAUGAGUAAGGAAGGCUCAUACCAGAUGUACUCUGACGGGAUUCUCCAGCAUCACGGGUACAACCUCAGCUCAAGCAAUGCCGUUGAAAAUGGAGGUAUCCUCAUUUUGGGACAAGAACAGGAUACAAUUGGAUCGGGAUUCAGUGAUUCGGAAACAUUUAUCGGUGAAAUUGCUUAUUUGGAUGUUUGGGAUCGUGUUUUGGAGCUUCAAGAAGUGCAGGAAUUUUACUCAUCUUGCCACCCAUACCAUGGGAAUCUCUACUCCUGGAGUGACUUCAAAACUCACAUCAAAGGCGAUGUUGUAAUCCAAGAGUCGCCUUUCUGCAAACCUUGUCCCAAAAAUCUCAUCCUUAACAAUGGAGCUGUUAACUAUUUUGCCAACCGAGCCAUCUACACGUGUAAUGAUGGAUUUACCCUGGAAGGAGGUUUGCCAAUUAGGAAUUGCUUGAGGACUGCAGAGUGGCAACAACCAGAACCAAGUUGCACGAUUGUGGAUUGUGGUCCACUCUAUAAUAUUCCAAAUGGCUAUGUAAUGGCUGAAAGAACAACUUUCGGUUCAGCUGCUACCUACGCCUGCAAUCGUGGCUAUGAAAUGCAGAAUGGAAGUGAUAUUCGUCUAUGUGAAAGUACAGGACAAUGGUCAGGAACUCCUCCUCAAUGUAUAGAGAAGAAGUCCUGCCCUGCAGUUGAGGCCCCAAAGGGAGGUCAUGCAGUGUACUCUGUGGUGGCGGUGCGUGGAAAAUACACCCCUGGGACAUUUAUUGAGUUCGAGUGUGGCAAUGAGACCACCCUACAGGGGCAGAGCUUUAUUGUGUGCGAGGAAAGUGGUGAGUGGGAUGCAGAAGCACCUCAGUGUAUCCCACAGUCAGUUGAAUCCUUUGAGGUGGAAAUUGUUACAAAGCCACCUGAAGCGGAAAUCCUUCCUGUUCUCACCAAGGAGGAUUUUUGGGGUGCACUGCGGACAUUCCUCUAUCAGGGAUGCACAACACAGAGGGAGAUUAAUCAGCUGUGUAAAUUAUAUAAGGAGGUGGAGCUGAGUGAUCUCGGCGAAGUGCCCAUGGAACAAUCUCAGAGCGAUGAAGCACGACUCCUUGGUGCCAUUCAAGCCACCCUAAGUGGGAAUACACGAGAGAAUUUUACAGUUGACAACGUAUUGGGGAAGAUUUUCACAGAUGGGCAAAUUGCGAAGGAGGAGGAGGACUUGUACAGGAUGCUCUUCUGCUUCACCAUGGAUUUAGUCAUUUGGAAUACGCAGUACUACUUUGGAGAGGACAAACCUACAAUGGAGGAUGAAUCCUUGGAUGCCAGUGAGAAGCUUCCAUUAGCCCUAGUUGAGAUCCUCAAUCCCGUCUAUGAGAACUACGUGAAAGCUCUGGAAGCCAAGCAGAAUCCCCCAUCGUGCCAAGAACAGUUUCUCCCCCAAAUUGAACAUUCGAGGAUUGUGGAUAUUUUCAAUGCAGCCGGUCAGAGUCAAUCCAGCAUGAGUGAUUCCCUCCCCAUUGGCACAAGGGUGAUUUUCGCAUGCGAAGAGGGUUUCCACAUGAAUGGGGAAUGCGUGGCUGAAUGCAAUGCUAACGGGCAGUGGGUCACUCAGCAGGAGGGGGUUUGCUUGAGAAAAUGCAACGCACCAUCAAUACCACGCGAUAUGAAUCUCGAGAAUUCCACGAACAAUGUCUUCAUUGUUGGUCACAGAGCAAAGCUCAAUUGUUCCGGAGGACUCACAAUGAAGGGUCAGCCGUACAUUGAAUGCUUACCCACAGGAAUGUGGACUAAUGUUACGAUGAAGUGCAUAGAUGAGGAUUAGAAUAUCAUUAUGGGGUCAAGCAGAGAGGUCAAGCAACAUCCCCAUGAGCAGCCAUUAGCUUGUGCAGCUAAUAAAUUUUAUACUUAUAAAUUGUACCUAAAUAAUAUGAGAAAAUUUAAUGCUAAAUGAAAGGAAACAGGGGCAUGGCCAGGGAGGGUGUAUGGGUGUCUAAACGCUCCCUCAAAAAGUUCAGGAAAUUCAGACUUUUUUUUAAAAGUUAAAAGAAAAUAUUUUCAUUACCAAAAAUUACAUUAAAAAAUGAUUUUUCAAAUAAUCAAAAGAAAAGGUCAAACCAGCGAACAGAAACAACAAACGUUAAAAAAUAUGUCAAACGUAAGAAAAGAAGGAUCAAACGUUAAAAAAAUGUCAAAUGUUGAAAACUAAAUUUCAAACGUUAAAGAAUUGUCAAACGUAUAAAAAAAACGUCAAAUAUUUUCAAAGAAAUUUCAAGCGUUUGAAAAUACAAGUCAAAAUUAGAAGAGACAUGUUCAAAAAUAUGUCAAACGUAAGAAAAAAAAAUUCCUAACGUUAAAAAUAAACGUAAAAUGUUGAGAAAGAAACCUCAGACUUUUAAAAACUUUAAAAAUUUGUUAAACGUGAAAAAAACAUCAUACGUUAAAAAUAAAUGUCAAAUAUUUAAUAUUGACAUCAAACGUUAGAAGAGAAAUGUCAAUCAUUUGCAAAUAAAUAUAAAUUCGUUUCUAAAAUCAA